AUGGCUGCUGAAAUACGGCCUGCUGAGUUACCGCAAGAGCCUGGAUUGAUUACUCUGGAUAACAUGGACCUCAAAAGUUAUAACGUUACCUUCCUCCGCGAUAUCAUCGGUAUUGUCUCUCAAGAACCUGCCUUGUUCAACGUCUCUAUCAGACACAACAUCGCCGUGGGGAUUCUUACCACCUCUGCCUUGGAUUCAGAGUCGGAGAAGCUGGUUCAGGAAGCCUUGGACAAGGCCCGUAAUGGCCGUACAACAAUUGUCAUUGCUCACUGUCUGUCAACUAUCCAGGAUGCCGAUCUUAUCCUGGUCGUCAAGGACGGUACCAUUGUCGAAUCAGGUCAUCACAGCGAGCUCAUGGCACUCGGUGGCGUGUACUCUGAGCUCUGCAGGAAACAGAACUUGGAGAAGAUCCGCGCCCAUCGUGGUCUUCGUCACUACUGGGGCGUCCGUGUCCAUGGUCAGCACACCAAGACCACUGGUCGUCGCGGUCGCGCCGUUGGUGUCUCCAAGAAGUAA